AUGGAGGGCGGCGGCGCGGGGCAGGGAGCGUUUCCCUGCUCGCUCUCCGGAGCCGUCUCCUUGGAAUCGUAUUCGGGUGUCUGCCAGUCCCCGUUUCUGGAUAACAGGGAGCGGAGCGGCUUCUUCAGCCCAGACCACUGCGAGCCCGAGAGCCCCUGGGCCAGCAGCUCGGCCGCCACCACCCCCUCGACGCCCACGACGCCCACGACGGAGGGCGAGGGCGACGGGCUGUCCUACAACCAGCGCAGCCUGCAGCGCUGGGAGAAGGACGAGGAGCUGGGCGAGCUCUCCACCAUCUCGCCCGUCCUCUACGCCAACAUGAACUUCCCCAACCUCAAGCAGGAUUAUCCAGACUGGUCGAGCCGUUGCAAACAGAUCAUGAAGCUCUGGAGGAAGGUCCCCGCCACAGACAAAGCCCCCUAUUUGCAAAAGGCCAAAGAUAACCGGGCAGCUCAUCGCAUCAACAAGGUGCAGAAGGUACGUGCUGGAGCGGGGAGGGGCGACGUCUGCCCUGCGAGGUGCCGGCAUCUGAGCCUGGAGGGGGGACGUCUGCCCUGCGAGGUGCCGGUGGAGCCCGAUUUGGACGAUGACUUCGGCUCCCACAAGGACUUGGAAGAUGAUGACGAUUUGGCCAACCUGAGCCUGGAUCCGGAUGUGGCUAAAGGGGAUGACGACUUGGACAACCUGGACAGCCUGGAGACGGCAGACCCCCACCUCGACGACCUGCUGAACGGUGACGAGUUUGACCUGCUGGCCUACACCGACCCCGAGCUGGACACCGGCGACAAGAAGGACAUCUUCAACGAGCACCUUCGCCUGGUCGAGUCAGCCAACGAGAAAGCCGAGCGCGAAGCCCAGCUCAAGACAGAGCCGCCAGCGCCCAGCUUGAAGCUCCCCGACCCCGGGGACGGCAAAGACGCGGCCCCAUCUGUGGAGGACCGGGAGGUGCCCAAGGAAGGGCUGGUGCCUGGGGUGGGCUUGGGACCCGCUCCCUGCCCGACUGGCACCGCACUGGCGCCCGACCCGGCUUUCAAGGUGCAGGGCACGGAGGCGAAGGCGGGCUCGCUGCCCGCUGAUGUCAAGCCCAAGCUGGAGGACGGCUGCCUGAAGACCUCUCCCUGCCAGUUCACCGCUGGCGGCCCCGAGCGGGUCCCCGUCCCCGUCAUGUCGGAGGCCCUGCAGGGCACGGAUAAGAUCUCUGCCUCGCUGGGGCUGAGCCUCAAGUCCGGCCAGACCCUCCUGAGCCCCGGGGCCGGCCCGGCUCGCCUCGGCCUGACUCACUUCCCUAACAGCAGCCAUGCCGGCGUUCCUGUGCCGGGGAAGGACCCCUACGCCAGCCCUGGCCGCGGGCUGGCCCCUGCCCAGCUGGGCAGCCAGAGCAACCCCUUGCUGGAGAAGUUUGAGCUGGACGGUGGAGCCCUGGGCCUGGGCAGCGCCCGGCACUCACCGGCCGAUGACCUGGACAAGAUGGAGAGCUCGCUGGUGGCCAGCGAGCUGCCCCUGCUCAUCGAGGACCUGCUGGAGCAUGAGAAGAAGGAGCUGCAGAAGAAGCAGCAGAUGUCAGCCCACCUGCCCCGGAGCAACCUGGACAAGUUUGCGGCCGAGGACAUCAUGGACCCCAUUGCCAAGGCCAAGAUGGUGGCGCUGAAGGGGAUCAAGAAAGUGAUGGCUCAGGGCAGCAUCGGGGUGGCCCCAGGCAUGAACAGGCAACAGGUUUCCCUGCUCGCCCAGCGGCUCUCGGGGGGCCCGGCCGUCUCCGAGAUGCAGAAUCACUUGCUGUCGGGGAGUGGGCAGGAGCGGAGCAGCACUGACCCGACCCAGGCUCGCCCCAACCCACCCACCUUCGCGCAGGGCGUCAUCAACGAGGCCGACCAGCGGCAGUACGAGGAGUGGCUCUUCCACACGCAGCAGCUCCUGCAGAUGCAGCUGAAGGUGCUGGAGGAGCAGAUCGGGGCGCACCGCAAGUCGCGCAAGGCCCUCUGUGCCAAGCAGCGCACUGCCAAGAAAGCCGGGCGGGAGUUCCCCGAGGCCGAUGCCGAGAAGCUGAAGCUGGUGACGGAGCAGCAGAGCAAGAUCCAGAAGCAGCUGGACCAGGUGCGGAAGCAGCAGAAGGAGCACACCAACCUCAUGGCCGAGUACCGCAACAAGCAGCAGCAGCACCAGCACCAGGCCUCGGCCGUCAUGGCCCUGAGCCCCUCGCAGAGCCCCCGCCUCAUGUCCAAGCUCCCCGGGCAGCUGCUCUCGGCGCACGGCGUCCAGCAGCCGACGGGGGCCGUGGUGGGCACGCAAGGCCUUGGCCAGCAGCCGGGGCAGCCCGGGGGGCUGCGCCUGCCCCAGGGCGGCGUGUCCAUGGCCGUGCAGCAGGGCCUGUCCUUCAUGGGUCAGCAAGCCGUGGGGAACGCCCCGGUGCCCGGCACCUCCAACGCCUUCUUCGCCGGGAACCCCGCGCUCCGCGGGCUGGCUGCCGACAGCCGCAUGAUGCAGGAGAGGCAGCUCCAGAGGAUGCAGCUGGCCCAGAAACUGCAGCAGCAGAACAUGCUGGGACAAGUGUCACUGCAGCAGCAGCCGGGUGUGAUGGGACAGGCGUCCAUGCAGCAACAGGGCGUGAUGGCGCAGGCGUCGAUGCAGCAGCCGGGUGUCAUGGCACAGGCGUCAAUGCAGCAGACAGGUGUGAUGGGACAGGCGUCGAUGCAGCAGCCGGGUGUCAUGGCACAGACGUCGAUGCAGCAACAGGGCGUCAUGGCACAGGCGUCGAUGCAGCAGCCGGGUGUCAUGGGACAGACCUCGAUGCAGCUGCAGGGCAUCAUGGCACAGACACCGAUGCAGCAGCCGGGUGUCAUGGGACAAGCUUCAAUGCAGCAGCCGGGUGCCAUGGCACAGGCGUCGAUGCAGCAGCCGGGCGCUAUGGCACGCCUGCCGGUCCCCUCAGCGUCUCUGAUAUCCCAAACGUCCAUGCAACAACCAGGCGUCAUGGGACAAGCCUCGAUGCAGCAGCCCGGCGUCAUGGCGCAGACGUCGAUGCAGCAGCCCGGUGCGAUGGGCCAAGGCUCGAUGCAGCCGGCAGCCAUGGUGGGGCAGCCCAGCCUGUUGGGGCAGCAGCAGCCGCCGGCGCCGGCCCCGCAGCCGGGCGCGGUGGGGCAGCCCAUGGUGCCGAAGCAGCCGGGGUUGAUGGGGAGCCAGCAGAGCCUGCUGGUGCAGCAGCUCUCGCCCCAGCAGCAGCCGGGCUUGUUGGGCCACGCGCAGACGCCGGGGCUGCAGCACCAGGCGGUGCUGGGCCACCCCCCGCCCCAGCGCCAGGUCCUCCUGGCCCCUCACCAGCAGCGGGUGCUGGGCGCGCCCCCACAGGCGAUGGAGAGUGACGAUGAGAGCGACUCCCCUGACAGCAUCGUCCCCGCCUCAUCCCCCGAGAGUGUGCUGGGCGAGGAGCUGCUCCGCUUCCCCCUUCUCAGCGAGGCCAAGCCGGAGCUGGAGGAGAUGGAGAGUGACGACGAGAGCGACUCCCCUGACAGCAUCGUCCCCGCCUCAUCCCCCGAGAGUGUGCUGGGCGAGGAGCUGCUCCGCUUCCCCCUGCUCAGCGAGGCCAAGCCGGAGCUGGAGGAGCGCGUGCUGUCCCCCAUCAUCCCCAUCAUCCCCCGGGCCAGUAUCCCAGUGUUCCCCGACACGAAGCCCUACGAGGCCCCGGAGCCCUUCGGGGCCCCCCCUGGGAAGGUGGGGGUGGCAGGCCCAGGCGCCCCAUGGGAGAAGGGCAAGAGCAGCGAGGUCUCCGUCAUGCUGACAGUGUCCGCCGCAGCUGCCAAGAACCUCAACGGGGUGAUGGUGGCCAUGGCGGAGCUGCUGAGCGUGAAGAUCCCCAGCUCCUACGAGGUGCUGUUCCCGGAUGGCCCCGUGCGAGCGGCCGUGGUCGAGGCCAAGAAGGUGGAGACAGACAUGGCUGGGGUGCUCGGUGGCAAGGAGAAGGCGGCGCUGGCCGGGAAGGUGCCGGACAGCAGCUCCGAGUGGCUGAAGCAGUUCGACGCAGUGCUGCCGGGGUACAGCCUCAAGGGCGAGCUGGACCUCCUGACGCUGCUCAGACAGGAGAGCCCUCCGCCCCGCUUCAAGCCGCGCUCGCGGCCGCCGGAAGAUGGGGACGAAGCGCGGCCCCGGCUAAAGAAGUGGAAGGGGGUGCGGUGGAAACGGCUGCGCUUCCUCGUCACCAUCCAGAAAGGGGGGGCCAAGCGGGACGGCGACAAGGAGAUCGCGGAGUUCAUCGACAAGCUGGGCACCACCCUGCGCCCCGAAAAGGUGCCGCGGGACCUGCGCAAGUGCUGCUUCUGCCACGAGGAGGGCGACGGGGCUACGGACGGGCCGGCCCGCCUGCUCAACCUCGACCUCGACCUCUGGGUCCACCUCAAUUGCGCCCUGUGGUCCACGGAGGUCUACGAGACGCAGGGAGGGGCCCUGAUCAACGUGGAGGUGGCCCUGCACCGCGGGCUGCUCACCAAGUGCUCCCUGUGCCAGAAAACCGGCGCCACCAACAGCUGCAACCGCAUCCGCUGCCCCAGCGUCUACCACUUCGCCUGCGCCAUCCGCGCCAAGUGCAUGUUCUUCAAGGACAAGACCAUGCUGUGCCCCUUGCACAAGCUGAAGGGCCCCUGCGAGCAGGAGCUGAGCAGCUUCACCGUCUUCCGACGCGUCUACAUCGAACGGGACGAGGUGAAGCAGAUCGCCAGCAUCAUCCAGCGCGGCGAGCGGCUCCACAUGUUCCGCGUGGGCGGGCUGGUCUUCCACGCCAUCGGGCAGCUCCUGCCGCACCAGAUGGCCGACUUCCACAGCGUCACGGCCCUCUACCCCGUGGGCUACGAGGCCACACGCAUCUACUGGAGCCUGCGGACCAACAACCGCCGCUGCUGCUACCGCUGCACCAUCUGCGAGAACAACGGCCGCCCCGAGUUCGUCGUGCAAGUCAUUGAGCAGGGCCUGGAGGAUCUGGUCUUCUCCGACUCCUCGCCGCAGGGCAUGCUGACCAUCACCGACUUCAUCAACAUCCUGCACCGCUACUACAAGUCGCCCAUGGUGCAGAUCUAUGAGCUGGAGGAGCACAAAGUGGAGACGUGGAGAGAGGUCUACUUACAAGACUCCUUCAAGCCACUGGUCUGCAUCUCCCCCAACGCCAGCCUCUUCGACGCCGUCUCCUCCCUGAUCCGGAACAAGAUCCACCGCUUGCCCGUCAUCGACCCCAACUCGGGGAACACGCUCUACAUCCUCACCCACAAACGCAUCCUCAAGUUCCUCAAACUCUUUGUAAGUCCCGUCCCUGCCCGCCGGCGGGGGCCGCCCUGA